ACCAGAUAUGUCUGGGAUGGAUGGGGCGGUGGAGGAGAUCAAUGGUACGGAAGUGGACAGCGAGAGUUUCCUGAGGUUUAGCCCUGCAUCUGUUUCUACCGGGGCGGCCGCUGCCUCAUAUGGACGGACUGCAAGUGUUUACGUCUACGUCUCCAUCUUCCUCAGCUUGCUGCUUUUCCUCCUUACCCUGUUGAUCAUUGCUCUCCACAGGCUGAAGAACAUCAUAUCCUCUAGUUCUUCAUACCCAGAAUGCGGCAGUGAGGCCGGGAGCUCCUUCACUAACAUGGAGAUCUGCAGCAUUUCCUCACAGAGAUCAACAGUGUCAUCGCUGUCCUGACAGCAGAGAAAGACAGAUCGAUUACACAUGUCGAAAAGUUCUGAUAUUAUAGAAGUUUAGAAAU